AUGCAGGCGACGGCCCCGAAGAAGCGGCCGCGCAUGUGCGGCACGCCGGGCUGCGUGCUCGAGGACAACCACCUCGGCCCGCACUCCUCCGACUUUCGCUGCCCUCCGGGCAAAGGGUCUGGCGCUUUCCUCCCCGGUUCGCCGCCGCUUCCGCCCACCGACACCGCACGGGUCUCGUACGAUGCCCUCGUCGGCACCUGGUGCAGCAACGAGGACCCGCCGAGGUACUGGUGCCCGGGCGACGAGGCCGCCGGCGCGUGGCGACCGUCCCCGCCGCCGGAGCCGGAGGUGGAGUGCACCGUCUCAAAGGGCCGCGCGCUUGUCGCCGCGCCAAAA